UCUAGAUAUUACAACUACCAUCAGCAAUGUUGAAAUCUACCAAGUGCAAAAUUGCAAAUGCAGUAUCGGCACCAUCACAAAAUCCGACAAGAAUUUUUCAGAGACUAAAUCGCGGAAAGAAGAGGGGAUGAAGAAGGUACAGUGGUCAGAUCCUCAUCGCCACCGGAAAAUCUAGUGGCCAGAAUCUCAAGAGAUAAUCUACUGAUCCUUGCAAACUCACCGUUGUUCUUCAACGCAAUCACACCGGAUCUGGUCGACGGUGUCAAGUGGACGAUGACUCAGGCGACCAGGGACUUCGGGUGCAGUUAUUGGCCUGAUGUUGUAGCUACAGAGGAAUGGCGAGUCAGGGGCAAUAUCGGCCAAAAUUUUGUCUAUCCCAUGAGCUUUCAUAAACUUAUAUGAAGCAUUCAACUCUUCCAGUGAUGAAAGGAGAGUGGAAAUCUUUGCAGGAUUUGAAGAGGCGUGCCAAUUGCCAAACAAAACUAAUCGGUAUUCCCACCGCUCCCAUUUCGCGAUUAGGGUUUUCUGCUUACCAAACAAUGCGUAAGAUGGUAGUGAUUACCUGUUGUCUGAGAAAAUGUUAUUUUCAUUGAAGGUAAAAUCCAUUCAGGUUUCGGACAAGAGAGAGAAAGGGCAUGAAAUCAAAACAUGAAAUUCCUUACUUUUAUUUAGAGAAAGAACUCAGUUGAAUCACUUGGAAUUUCAUAUAUAAGCUUUGGCUCAUUAGCCAACAAAGUGUUCUGCAUUCAAGUAAAGAUAACAAAUGAAUAGGCUGGUUCAUUUAUGAUAAGGAGAAACCACGUGCCUUUCUUAUCUUGAUUAGGAAAAUGCAUAGUUUUGAACGACACUUUGAGAUGUUUAAAAACACAUUUAGGACGAAAAGGAAAGAAAGAAAGUGUCAGCUUUAUUCCAAGUUGAAAAUGAAUAAUGAGCAUGGUGGGGGCGAGGGGAUGAAUUUGAAGCUUGUAGUGUAAAUGAAAAAUUCAAAGGACAGUGGUGGGCACAAUGAGAUAUUGUUGUUGCUGUUAAGAGAAAGAGGCAGAGUCCUUGAAUUAAUCACCUUCCGUUGCAUGACAACAACAGCAUGAGAACAAGCCUGAUUAAGGUAGGAACAUCUCAAACUAAAGCUCACAGCGUCCUUCCCUCUCAUGAUUCACAGCAUGGCUUGAGAUGAAAACAAUACUGGAUUUCCUGUUUUGGCAGGAAAAUGAACACAUGAAAAUGUAGAUUAAAUGUGAAUAAGCGAAUGAUAUGGGUCAUUACUCAUUUGUUGCUGACAAAUGAGAAGCACAACAUUGGGCCCUCAUUUUCUAAAGCAGCCUUUGAAUUUCAAGGAAGAGAACAGCACUGCAUGUGAUCUCUGCAUAGUUGUGAGCAAAAUGGUAAGGCUGCCAAAUAAUAUUUUUCAAAUGACAGCAAAGAGAUUUCAUCCUGCAACUACAAUAGCAUGAGUUCAGGGUUUCAGAAGGAACUUUCUUCUUUGUUCAUGGAGAGGAAGAGGAACAGAACCCAUCUUCGUUUCGGUGUCUUUUUCUUCUUCAUCUUCUCAAAUUUCACAAUUUUCAGCUCUGCUAUAACAGGUCAGGGUAUGCAAAUCCACUAUCACAAUUCCCCACAUAUUGUUCCGCUUAACUCUCAGAUAUUUUCAUGUCUAACUCGCAUAUAUUCCUUCUCUAAUGUAGAUACUAAGAGGUGUUCUAUGUUACCUGAUGUAGAUUUCCAGAAGAAAUCUGAGGAGAAACUUGGAGAAAUUUCGCUUUCAAGGAGGUUUCUGGGUGGGCCAGGGUCAUCACCACCACGCUGCAGCUCCAAGUGCGGCAAAUGUACACCAUGCAGGGCGGUUCAUGUGCCGGUGCCUCCCGGAACUCCGGUGACUGCUGAAUAUUAUCCUGAAGCAUGGAGGUGCAAAUGUGGCAAUAAGUUGUACAUGCCAUGAUUACAUAUUGCAUAUAGAUUAUUUCCCGUAUCCUUAUUGUAAAACCUCGCUAGCUUAAAUGAUCAUAUGAAUGGACUCUUUAGUUGUUCCAGUUUAGCUUGCCUAGGGUAGACGUCUUUUAUGUUAAAAAUACAGCAGGACUCAAUGUUAACAAUAUUAAUGUCAUUAAUAUUUACAUGUA